AUGUCCGGCGGCGGCAAGUUAAAGUCGGCACGCGCCUCUCUCAAGCCUCCAGCUGCGCUCCAAAUGUCACGACUCCCAUGGAAUGACCUCACAAGUCCUGUGAGGGUGACCACAGUAUUGAAGCCUCUGGUGAGUGUCUGGUCAACCGACUUUGCCAAGGCCGAGUUCUUUCUUGACGAACAACCACCCCCGAGGUUCGAUGGUAUGACAAAAUCUCUAAUGCUCUUCACGAUGUAG